UGAAGCCACACAGGAACAGCUAGUUAAAAAUAAUGCAACUUUUCUAAAAGUACAAUACUUCGGAUUGCCUCAACUAUAUGUGUUUAUAUUAAUUUUAGACUGGAAAAUGAAUGUAAACAUCGUGAAAAAAAUCAGCAUAUAUUAACAGGCAAUGCAGUUGAACAUUUUAGAUGACGAAACAGAUUAUAAUUGCCAAUGUUGUGGUGAAGAAGCACUUCAAAGAAACGAGCUUGUAAAUUCCAAAGCAACGACUACAGAUCUUUAUUUUAUUGGUACAGUAUGGAUGACCGCAAUGAAAUCAGCUCUGCUCGGCGCAAGCUAUUUAAUACCAGUAGUAGAAGCUGCAAAUCCACCUCCUCCUCCACCUACAAAGCCUCCACCUAUGAAAUAUCAAGAACUACCAUUAUAUAAAAGCCCACAUAAUGAGUACAAUGAAUAUGUUGAAUACAAAGAUAAAUGCGCCGAACGCAAUGUCAAAGUGAUGCGUAGAUUUUUUUUGCCUUAUGUAACAAUUUUAAGGAAAGGAGUACAAACAAACACUUGUAAAUUGGUACUUUGUAUAAGAGACGGUGUUUGUAGUAUGAAGAAAUCUAUAUGUGAAUCAAAGGAACAAUUCACAGCGACAAUGAGAGAUAAUGAAAAUAUGACUAUUAGAAGGGGUGUGGUUGUGGCUGGAACUGGUAUUGGAUAUUUAUUAGGAGGUGGCCGAGGUAUACCGAGACGCAUAUUCAUGACAGGUGCUGGCGCUGCCUCAGCUGGAGCUCUCUGUUUCCCUAAAGAAACUGAUGAAGCGUUUAGAACUUUUACAUACUACAGUGGUAAAACAAUAGUUCGAGUUGCAAAUUUAAUUUGCCGCCGGGAUUUCGGUUGGAGAGAAAGACUACCGUGUAAAGAUGAUUUGCCAGUUACUACCGGUAAAAUUAUAGGUCAAUGCCCUCCUAAAAAGAAUUGACACUAACAGAUGUACAAGAUAUAGAACUUGCAUUUCCCGUUAUAAAAUCCUUAAGAUCUGUAAAUUCGAGUGCGUAAAACAUUUUAAGAACUAAUAAAUAAAUAAACCAUUAA